AAGGCGCUUUACGUUAUUUUGCCAACAACGUCUCCGCAUGCGAUUAAGAGAUUUGAAGGGAUUAAAUCCUACUCUGAACUCAUUAUACGCUUUUGUGAUCAGGUAAUUGAGUUUUCUGCUGAUCCCCUCGUCCUUUCACCCGCCCACACCUUGCGGCUAAGCGUUAGUGUAGUUCGGGCAUUCUUACAGGUGGAUUAUUUUCCAUGGACACAUGAUGCCGCCAUGUUGAACUCAGACACUUGAUCAUUCUAUUUGUCACUGAAAAACACACUGUCUUCCCAGCUUCUUGUGAUAUUCUUGUGUUGAACGGAUGCGGUGUUUUGGUUUGACAUAGCUCCGAAACGCACGUUUGCUGAACGCAUGGUGACAAGUACAACAGUCGAAAUGUAGUGCCUAGUUCAGGACGCUCAAGGGAAAACUUCGACACACAGCGUGGAUUUCUCAUCAUUUAUGAUGCUAGAAGAAUAAUAAGAAGAAGGAGAAAAACAUGCACGGGAAUAAAAGCACGUUUGAGAUCCUGCGGGAGAACUUCCUGGGCAGUGAGAGCAUGCUGACGGCGGUCGGACAGGACUCGCACCCGGCCAGGGUCGCCCGCACGGGGGCGCAGUCGCAAACUCUUUUCACCAACAUCAUCUCCGAGAAAAGGAACCUUGGCAAAAAGUUGGACACCUGGUACCGGCAGCACAACAACGCCAUGGUCCAGAUGAACCGGGACCAGCGCCCCCUGUACGUUUCCCUGAUGAAGACAGCCACGAAGAGGAAGAAGCUAGAGGUGGAGCGGGAGCGCAGACGUCAGGAGCGGGCCCGGCAGAUGGCGAGGGAGCUUCCUCCGAUCGUGGAACGGUCCUCGGCAGGUAAUAGUGACGUUUUGGACCUCACCAAGAAGACGGUGACAGAAUCAUCUCACAACAACGAUGGGAAAGUACAACCAGCCGCCGGCCUUGUCGUGGAAGGUCAUAUUGGACAGGACUUUAUCGGGACUAACAACCAGUCGGAAAAUCCGGAACGCUCGUCCGGAAGCCCUUUUCUCGACGUUCCGGAUUCCUUCAACCCAGGGAGGAGAAAGUCUUCCGUACAAGAAGAGACGGCGUCCUUACUUUCUUCUCUGCAAAAGACAUAUGAUAUCCAACCUUCCAACGGAGAUGUCUUGAAAAAAGACGACUCAAAACUGCGCAGAGAAGACGACAAGGAAGGACCAAGUGACACCAAAAAGAAGAAAAGAACUAGAAAUAAGAAAGAGAGAACUUCGAAAAAGACUCUGCCGCCUGCGGAUGGCAGAUUGCAAGACGAAAAUAUGUCACUAAACUCAAAAUUGUCUGAAGACGAUGACUCUAGUGUCAGUGAGAGGACAACUGUUGAUGGUAGGCCACAGACUGGAGACAAAGAAGAAAAUCUAUUACCCAUCAUUCCAUCAGAUGACGUCAUCGACGUCGUGACGGCGUCAAACGAUCCCAACUCGCGAUUGGACGACAAAGAUGACGUCACUGCCACUGAGAACCAGACGUCGAGUUUAGUUGAAAAUACGAAAGAACUUCAAACAGAAUCCAAGAAAAAGAAGGACAAAGAUAAAGAACAAGGAAAGCACAGCAGGAAAAAUUCUACCGGAUCGAAACAUUUGCAUGUCCCUCAUGGGUCCGUCUGUGGGAGCUCCUCCACCGGGAGUCUUUGGAGAAAAAAGAAAAAGAAGCGCCAAGAAAACUACGAAGUGACGGUCUACAAAAAGGAAGCUAACGGGGACUUAACACCAGAACAGAAACAGGUUUCUACAAAAGUAGAUAUGUAUGAGUACUUUAAGGUUCCGCAGAGAAGAGAAAGACUAACCAGACAAAAGUUACUCGAAGACGUCCGGAAAAAGGAGCAACAGCAGAGGGAAAAAGUCAGCAGUUUUCUGAAGAAAAUCGACGAAGAAGACAACCAACAGCCUGUGAUCGUCGUGGAGCGGCAGGAUGACGAAAACGGCAGUGGACUGCUCAUGCGACAGUCAAAGCGCCUCCUAGCGCCCACGCCGAGAGAUGCACUGACUUCUCAGAUGAAUGAGAUGGAAAAGAUCCGCACACAAUGCAGGUACGUCCGUAUCUACCACCGUCCGUCAGAACUGCAGGACUGGCAGAGAAGGGGACCUCGGCUGACGAGCUGGGCUCCCAACGCCAAGGACGCGCUGAUAUGACAUCAGUAGUAAAAGAACACUAAACUUCCGUCCACGUUAAAGCAAAUCGUCGUCACAAGACAAGAUCAAAUUAUGUCAACUUCUAGAGCUAUAGCAAAUGUCAUUUGUAAAUUAUGCACAUCAGGUGCUGAAGCAAUUAAGAAAAUAACAGGCGUGUGUUAAAUGUAAGUUGCAUUAUACAAUACGUAAAAAUGAGAACCGAAGCCAUAUUGUAACCGUCCUUCCAAUAUAAUGACAUGAACUACUAGUUUUAACAAGUUGCUAUUUGGACGAAAACUUGAAAUAGAAUGGUAUAAUUUUUUUUAUACAAGGUGUGAGUUAAAUGACCAUUAGACUGCUUAAAAGACUGCUUUUAAUUGUACAUGCAUUAAAGACUGGUCUUUGCAAA